AUGCGUCCGCCGACUACGAAUUGUAUUGCGCAGCUCCGAGAAACCUGGCAACCAACGCUUCUCGCCCUCAUCUGGCUGUUCUUGCUUAUCCUCGUAAAGCGGAUCAGCAUCUCUGAGCAUGCUCCUACAUGGCCAAGGCGUGCACGCUCCUCACUUGAUGCGGAGUAUCUGCCGGCGAGUCUCGACACUGAAGCAGCAUGGGACUUGGACUCGCUCUGGAAAGAUCUGGAAUGGGCAUCGCAUCGUGUGAUUGCUUCUCUUUCAACCGUUACUGGUCUGCUGUUAGCGUUUCGAUCCAACAGUGCCAUCGGACGGUGGAGUGCGGCAAGGAGCAAGUGGUCGGAUGUGCACGCAACUUCGAGGUCGCUGUUGCGGCUGCUGAGCGCUUCAUUGUUGACAGCACCCGACGAGACAAAGACCGCUUCAGCGACUUCAUUGAAUGACUUUGCACGCAAGAAAGACGAGACAAGUAACGUGCAAGAGAUUCUCGCCACCGUUCCAUUCUUCAGUAUCAGCUUGAUGUGCGAGAUGCGCGGCCGCGCACUGUACGUUUCGUCAGGCCCAGGACAGCAGAGCUUGUUGCGCAGCGAUUUGGUCGACGUUCUUCCUCCGUCACUCCUCGCUCUUGCAAAUCGACACCGCGGAGACGGUCCUGACACAACCGACGGUCUGGAUACAGCCCGUGAUGCGGAAAAGCGCCAACAAAUUGCGAAUCUCAAUUCUGCGCACACCAUGCGACGCUGUCCAGGCCCGUCCGCUUCCUCUCGCUCGUCAGACAAAAACCUAGCCCUUAUAUCCUUGGUCAUCCUCCAAAGAUCGCUCGACACACUCCACUCGUCCUCGCUCCUCGCUUCGCCUGUUUACGCCCACUGCAUCGGCCUGCUCAACAGUCUCUCUUCCCAUACGACCGAGCUUGAGCGUAUCCGAGAUACGCCCAUCCCACUCUCAGUCUCGCGCCAUUUCUCGCGCCUGCUUACGAUCCACACCAUACUGCUGCCCGUGGUGGUGGUGCAAAACUUGGACAGUCAGCGCUGGUGGUUGGCUACAGCAAUCGUGGCCAUGGUGACUUGCAUGCUGUAUGGCGUUGAUAGUUUUGCUGCCAAGUUGAGUCAGCCGAUGGGCUUGGACACGGAGGAUCUGCCGUUGGAAAAGUACGUCAACGAGGUGCAGGACGAAUGGAGCAACGUCAUCGCGUGUUUCUCUGCAAAUUGA